AUGGCCGUCGCGAUCUGCAUCAAGGUGGCCGCACUCGUUGCGCUCGUGUCCGUGUUCGCCACGCAUGACGCUCGCGCGCAGCCGAGCUACAACGCCUCCUCCGCCCGCAGGGAAUUGUACUACUCCAGCACCACCGGCGGCAGCUGGCAACCUGCCAUGGCCACCUGGUACGGCCGGCCCAACGGCACCCCGGCCCUGACAACAACGGUGUGUGGUGGGUGUGGGUACAGCGGCACCAACCUGUACCCUUUCAACUCCAUGACGUCCUGCGGCGACCACAAAUUGUUCAACGACGGCAAGGGCUGCGGCGCAUGCUACCAGAUAAAAUGCGUGAGCAUGAACAACCAUGCCUGUUCUGGCGUGCCCCAGACGGUUAUCAUCACCGACGUGAACUACGACACCAGUCUCGGCCCCAACCGUUUCGACCUCAGCGGCACGGCGUUCGGCGCCAUGGCUAAGCCUGGCCUCAACGGCAAGCUCCGCGAUGCCGGCGCCCUCAGCAUCCAGUACAGGAGGUGGACCUCAAGGAGGCCAACUCGCAGACAUGGAGGCCGCUGUACGAGUCGUGGGCGCCGUCUGGAGGAUAGACCCCGGCCACCUGCUGAAGGCGCCCUCUCGCUGCGCGUCCGCAGCGACUGUGGCAAGACUCUGGUGGCCUACGACGUCAUCCCGGUCAACUGGAGGGCAAUGCCGAUUACCGUACCAUCGCUCAGUUCCACUGAGAUCACAUGCCGACAGGGACAAUGA